CUUUUUGCUGCAGCGGCUACUCUACUUCAGGAAGAUCGAGUCAUCGCAAUGUGGUCACGCGCACUCACCCCUGCAGGAGUCCGCGAGCAUCUGAAGCUUGUAUGUAAGAGCCUCAAUUUUCUAAUAAUACCGCGACCAAGAAGUGUUCCAAGAGACAUAGACCACCAACACCCUGAAGCCGAGUCCUCUAAGAUUUUCAGACUCGAGUAUAUCAGCAUGUACGACCUUGUCGUAGUUGGUCAUGGCAUUGCCGGCCUCGCCGCUGCAGUAUCAGCUGCAGAAUUCUCGCCCUCGGCGCAGAUAGCCGUGCUAGAGCAUGCACCAGAGCAUGCGAGCGGUGGAAACUCACGCUGGAGCCCUGCCAACAUGCGAAUGCCAUCUGUCAAUGAGGUAUUACCAGGCUUCGUGGACGACAUGGUGGCUGCAAGCAGAAGUGGUGGCGACCGCGCGUAUUUCGAAAGGCUGGCUAGCCAGGCCCCUGAAGCCCUCCAAUGGCUCGAAAAGCAGGGGGUGCAGUUUCACGCCAUGGACUAUUUCUUGAAAUCUUGGCCUAACAGGAUCCAGCCUAUUGGCAAAGGUGCUGCCAUUGUCGAAGCCCUCAAGCAAUCAGCCAAAUCGAAGGGUGUCCAACUGGUGUAUAAUUGCCGUGCCCAGCGACUUCAUCUUGGCCGAGGACAGGCCAUGAUUGAGGCAGCUGAUGGGCGACGAAUCAUUGCCCGGUCUGUUGUGCUCGCCAGUGGUGGGUUUCAAGGCAGUCCAGACAUGCUGCGUACUCAUCUUGGUCCUGGUGCGGAGACGUUGAGACCGAUAUCACCUGGGACGGCCUGGAACGCCGGCGACGGCAUCCAGAUGGCGCUGGCCAACGGAGCCAAGGCCUCUGGCGAUUGGAACGGAAUGCACAGCGAAGUAAUCGACCCACGGAGCAGUCAGCCAGCGCCACUGGUCCUCAAUUACCCGUACGGGGUUGUGGUGAAUCAAGACGGAAAGCGGUUCGUAGAUGAAGGUGCUGGACUCGUGCAUGACACGUGGGAGCAUCUUUCCAGAACCAUACAUUUUGACACACCGGGCCGCUUAGCCUGGGCAAUUUGUGAUUCCAGAUUUUUUCAAUUGGAGGACCAUGAGGCAGCUAUCCGCUCCGAUAUGCCGCCGGUGACAGCGGACACGAUUUCUGGUCUGGCGGCACAGAUGGGGAUGCCGGAACAAGCGCUUCUGAACACAAUCUUAAACUACAAUGCAGCCUGUAACGCAAACAUGUCUGGCUUUACGGCGGGCCGGCUUGAUAAUCUCGCCACUACCUCAGGCUUGCAACCAUCGAAAUCGAACUGGGCUAGGCCGCUCGACGCUCCGCCGUAUACCGCAUUCCCCUUAGCCGCGGCCAUUGUCUACACUUUCGGCGGCAUUGCGACUGAUGUGGAAGCGCGCGUUCUUGGCCAGAGAGGCAUCAUUCCUAAUCUAUAUGCUGCAGGUGAGAUUACUGGCCAUUUCUACGAGAAGGCUCCAAAUGCAGUGGCCGUUAUGCGGGCACUCGUCUUUGGACGUAUUGCUGGCCUCCAUGCCAUAAGCUCCCAUCAGACAGAGAGAAGUGUACCGUUGGGUUAGUAGGGUUAGUAGGGUUGAAGGGUUAGGUAUUGGCUAUCUAAGCUAUUCUGCUCAUGUUAUUUUACAGUGGUAGUUUUUAAGUUAUGAGAAAUAAGAGAUAAUACUUUGAUAGCAAUACACACUGGUCUGUGCCCGUGGAGAGGCGUCAAAGACCUAGCCGCUAGGCGCCGGGCCUUUUUGCAGGAAAAGAGACACCCCAGCUCUAUUCUG